AUGAUUGUUGCCUUGAACCGAUUUAUCUCUCGGUUAGCAAAUAGAUGCAGACCUUUCUUCCUGUUGAUGAAUAAGUGGAAGGGAUUUGAGUGGACUGAGGAGUGUGUUUUGGCCUUCCAGUGGCUUAAGGAAUAUCUCUCUUGGCCGCCUAUUAUGUUUAAUCUUGAGGUGGAUGAGAUCCUGUUUGCUUAUAUUGCUGUGACCCCUCAUGCUGUAAGCUUGGUAUUGAUACGAGUUGAUAGUAGCACACAAAGGCAUGUUUAUUAUGUGAGCAAGUCACUACAUGAAGCCGAGGUCCAUUAUCUACCACCGGAGAAAGCCAUUUUGGCUGUGGUGCAUACCACACGUAAACUCCUCCGUUACUUCCAGGCACAUACAAUUGUUGUCUUAACUCAGCUUCCGCUCAGAAUUUUGCUUCGAAGUGCUGAUUACACAAGGAGGAUUGCUAAAUGGGGCAAAAUCCUAGGAGCUUUUGACGUCAAAUACAUGCCUCAUACCUCUGUCAAGGGUCAAGUCCUCGCAGAUCUGGUAGCUAAGUUUGCUGAAUCUCCAUUGCAAGUAGAAGAAGAGAAGCGAGGUAUGGAUGGAAAAUUGGUUGGCAUGAUCUCCCUACAAGAUCAUUUAUCCUGGAGAGUAUACGUUGAUUGUGUAGCAAAGUGGGCCGAAGCUAAACCCUUAGCGAAUAUUAGGGACGUAGAUGUAAAGAACUUUGUUUGGAAAAAUAUAGUCACUUGGAUUGGGGUCCCUCACACCCUCAUCUCGGAUAAUGGCCUGUAG